AUGGAUAUGUGGGACUGUGGACCGUUGAUUGAUUUUAUUUCUGCACUACAUCGUAAUUUGACUACACGUUUAGCUGUAGCAUGUGUAGAUGAUACACUGAUACGUAGUUAUUUAAAUUCACCUGUUGUUCGUCGACUUAUCAAUGUACAACCAGAUGUGCCAAAGGAAUGGGAUAUAUGCAGUGAUGAAGUCAAUGUUAAUUACAUUCGUACUUAUAAAGAUUUAUCUGAACAGUAUAUGAAACUACUUCAAUCCAGUAUCCCUACAUUGAUAUACAACGGUGAUAUUGAUGUGGCUUAUAAUUAUCUCGGUGGUGAAAUGUUUGUAGAUAAUUUGAAAUUAAAGCCUACUUUAUCACGUCGAUAUUGGUUGUAUACAGAGAGUGAUGGUACUAAACAGAUUGGAGGAUUUUGGAAAAGGUUUGAAAGUCAUGGCUCAAUUCUGACGUAUGCUACAGUUCGUGGAGCAGGAAAUAAAGUGCCUGGAGAUAAACCUGCUGCAGCUUUUCAACUAAUCAAUACAUUUAUUAAUAAGGGUUCAUCAGUUGAACAAAAAUCGAAGAAAAUACACCUGAUCUCAUUGCUAUGUAUACUUUCUUUUUUUAUUUCAUCUCUAUAAUUAAUGACCUACAUAAGAUAACUACGCGAACGCUCACUUUAUUUUUUUAAGACAAAAUCUAUUCUAUUGAUGAAAUAUUCAAACCGUUCACUGUGUACGGCAUAGGUCCGGGCGCCGUGACUCUCGGUCGCUGAGUCACACUGGCUCGGACCUUGCUGCUUUACCUGUCGAGGUUUCAGCAGCCGUCUAAUGGUGAUGUCAUUAGCCAUCACACACACAAAAGAGUAUGUUUCAUUGG